AGGACAGAAGGUCGGAUGGGAAAAGGUUUUCGUUCGACGGACAUCACACAAAAAAGUAUCACACCGCACCUCAUUCUAUUUACUUUGUUGAUAGAAUGGAAAAACAUUCGACUGAAAAUGAAUACAGAGUGUAUAAGGAACGAUGGUUUAUUCUUUUGGCGACUACUGCAUUGAUUUGCUCAAAUAUUAUGCAAUGGGUGAGUUUCUCGGCUCAAAUCGACCAAACAAAUAUGUUUUUCUGUGGCCCAAAUGAAUAUAAGAAUUGUUCAGCAGCCUUCCUAUCUAAUCAAAUCUAUCAGAUAGUUGCAGUAAUUGUGAGCAUUAUAGGAAUGUAUUUUGCAACAGUUUUUGGAACACUUCCAACUCUCCGUCUCUCAGCAGUUUUCAAUAUUGUUGGUGCAGCAAUCCGACUCAUUGCGUCACUUCCAAGCCUUCAAAACUUUUUCUGGAGACAGUUUUUAAUGAUUAUUGGAACUAGCAUUGCCGCGGCUGCUCAAAUGUAUUUCGUCGUCUUCUCGAAAAUUGCGGAAAGUUGGUUUUAUCCAAGACAUCGAGCUUCUGCAAAUGUUGCAUGUUCAAAUAGUCUUGAGUUAGGAGUUGUACUUGGAACUGUUUUACCAUCAAUUAUUGUACCAGCUUCUUUUACAAAAGACAUUGUCAGUUCCUGGACAUUUUUUCUUUUGAAUUCAAUAAUAGCAGUUGUAUGUAUAAUUCCAUUAUUUUUAUUAUUUGUUCUAUGCCGUCGAUCGGUUCCAAAAACGCCACCAUCAGCCUCAUCGCAACAUGAGUCAAGUGGUCCUGUGACAUCUGGUAUUUUUAAAUGUUUAAAGGAUCGUCAGUUUCUCAUUCAAAUAUUCGUUUAUUCAAUUAAUUUUGCAAUUGCAAAUGGCCUCAUUUAUACUUCUAAUGCCAUCAACUAUAGAGGUUAUAAUUUGAAAGGGUAUCCAAUAGCAAUCGCCACGAUGGUCUGCAUGUUUUCAGCCUAUUUCGUAGGAGUAAUUGCAGAUAGAACAAGAAAGUUCAAAUUGAUCGCAAUAAUAAACGCACUUGUUGUAGCCGUUUGUGUACUGGUACUUCGUCUGUAUUUAAUAAAAACUUAUACGGGAUGGUAUGAUUCAGUAAUUGUUUGUACACUUUUAAGCAUUAUCAUGUCCUGUUGUGCUAUACAUACACCGAUUGGAAAUGAGAUGGGAGUUGAGACAACUUACCCAGUUCAAGAAUCAAUUUCUACAGGAGUUUUGAAUACUUUCGGUCAAGCUUGGUUAUUCUGCUUAUAUUUUAUUAUGUAUUCUUUACAAGAAUCAAAUUGGGUUUACAAGAACAACCGUAAAGGAGGAAGCUGGGAAUUAGCCCUUGACUUCUGGGCAGGAAUGUCUAUUCUAAACUUUAUUGUGGCUGUAAUAUUCUUGAGACCCCGAUAUAACCGUUUACAAAUGGAAGAAGAAGCUCAAAAUACACGGGAAGCAAUUCGAGAUUCAGUGUAUACAAUUUGUAAGUAAUGAACUGCUUUUAUUUAUCAAUGAUGUAAAUAAUAAAAAAAUGAAUUUGCUGAAAAAAAUAAAGUCAUGAGAAACAGGAAAU